GUUUCAGGGACAGUGAAAAGUUGGAAAAUUAUUACGAGGUUGAAAAUAUUCUAGGAUCCGGUGGAUUUGGAACAGUUUAUUCAGGGUUCAGGCGCAGGGAUGGACUGCAGGUGGCAGUGAAACAUAUUCAGAAGAGUAAAGUUUCUUCAUGGACAAAAUUGCCCAAUGGGAUGCAGGUCCCCCUGGAGCUUCACCUUCUCCACCGCGUCCAACACGUCACAGGUGUCAUUAAACUGAUUGACACCUUCGAACGUGUCGACAGCUUCGUCAUUAUCAUGGAAAAACCAGAGAACGUCAAAGACUUGUUUGAUUACAUCACCGAGCACGGCCCGCUUGACGAGAAUGAUGCCCGCAUGUUCUUUACACAGAUCGUCCAGAUGGUGCAGAAUAUCGAGAAGUGUGGUGUCCUCCAUAGAGACAUUAAAGACGAAAACGUUCUGGUUGACAUGAAAUCGGGACAGCUGAAGCUGAUUGACUUCGGUUCUGGAACAGUCUUGAGAGAUACUGACUACGAUGAUUUUGAUGGGACACGUGUAUACAGUCCUCCAGAAUGGAUCUGCAAUCGGCUCUACAAUGGGCGGCAGGCCACAGUUUGGUCUCUAGGAAUACUCCUCUUUGAUCUUGUCAAUGGUGACAUUCCCUUUGAACAGGAUGAGCAGAUCAAAGCCGCCCAGCUUCACUACAAGGCAAAUCUAACCCUAAAUUGCAAAGAUCUGAUUCGCAAGUGCCUUUCCAUUGAUCCCAACCAAAGACCAACCCUAGAACAGAUCAUUCAGCAUCCUUGGAUGACUAAAGUUCCUCUUCCAGUUCCAAUUCCUGAAAACCGAAAGAGAACAACAGCAUUGGUAAAAAAUGUGGACAUUGCUCUGUUAAGCAGCGGUGAAAGUCUAUGA